AUGGUGGAGACAGAGCCCGAGAAACCUCCUAGCGAUGAAGUGCAUCAGGAUGAUGAUCUGGAAGAUGGCGAAUACAUCACUGGAUUCAGUUUAUGGGCCAUUUUGAUUUCGGGAACUCUCGUGCAAUUUGUUAUGAUGCUUGAUCAGUCUAUUAUUGCGACAGCUGUUCCGUAUAUCACGGAUGAGUUCCACUCUCUCCUUGAUGUGGGUUGGUAUGGAAGUGCAUAUCAACUAGCGAGUGCUGCUUUCCAACCUUUAACCGGCAAGCUAUACACCUACUUGCGCAUCAAGUGGACAUUCUUUGCCUUCUUCUUUGUAUUUGAACUCGGAUCGCUGCUUUGUGCUAUUGCCAGAUCUUCUAAGAUGUUGAUUGUAGCUCGAGCCAUUGCCGGUCUGGGUGGUUCGGGUUUGCUGAACGGUGGUUUAACCAUGAUCUCUGCCUGUUUACCGAAGCACAAACGUCCAGCAGCGAUGGGAAUGAUUAUUUCAAUUGGGCAGCUGGGUCAAGCUCUGGGCCCCCUGAUUGGAGGAGCGUUUACUGAAAAAGUGACAUGGCGAUGGUGUUUCUACAUCAACCUCCCCAUCGGCGGCGUUGUUCUUGCCCUCCUCGCUACUCUCGACAUCCCAGACCGGAUCGUAAAGCCUGAUUUCCGAACCCUCCUGCGCACUAUUGUGACAACGCUCGAUAUUCUCGGUUUCCUCAUCUUUGCCCCCGCUGCAAUAAUGUUCUUCCUUGCUCUCCAGUACGGUGGAAAUCAAUACGCAUGGAACAGCGCCACGGUGAUUGGCCUUCUUGUUGGUGCGGGAGUAACAUUCCUCAUUUUCCUUGGAUGGGAGUACUACCGCGGCGAUAAUGCUAUGAUUCCGCUCUCGAUGCUAAGGAAGCGGAUUAUUUGGUCGAGCUGUCUGACCAUGUUUUUCAUCACGGGUGUAUUAACCUGUGGAGCGUACUAUCUGCCGAUAUAUUUUCAGGCUGUUCAGGGAUCGUCGCCAAUUAUGAGUGGUGUUUAUUAUUUACCCAAUAUCCUCUUGCAGAUCACCAUGGCUAUGUUAUCAGGAAUCAUGGUCCAGAGAUUCGGCUUUUAUCUCCCAUGGGUGGUUGGGGGAACUGCAUUGGCAAGUAUUGGGUAUGGACUUCUCACGAUGCUCACACCCACAUACAAGACUGCAAACCGGGUUGGAUUCCAGAUCUUGGCUGGUGCGGGUCUGGGAAGUGCUGCUGCAAUGCCCUUCGUUGCCGUUCAAAAUCUAAUGCCGCACGCCCAAAUCUCUGUCGCCAUGGCAGUCCUCGUAUUUUCCUUGAACUUUGGAGGAGCAACCUUCCUGACGUUCGCCGAAACAGAUUUCAGCCAAAGUCUCCCGGUUGCAAUCUCCAAAUACGCACCUGGAGUAGAUCCAAGCGUUAUUAUCGCUGCUGGUGCGACGGGCUUCCGGAGUGUGGUUCCCGCAGAUAAGUUGGACGGUGUUUUGAAGGCGUAUAGCAAGAGUGUCGAUCACGUGUUUUAUUUGGUUUGUGCAUCUGCUGCGGCGGCAUUUUGUUGUGCUUGGGGGAUGGGGUGGCAGGAUAUUAGGAAACAUAGAAUUAAGGCGCAGGAUCCGACAGCAGCUUAA